AUGGCCUCAAAUAGUGGGAAGCCUCCACUCUCUGAACCAUCCCCCAAACGCCAGCGCACUCUCUCUCCAGACCCUCUUGGAAUCGAGAGCCAACUUGAUUUCCUGGGAGAUUUCACACCAUUUUAUGCCAUGGAAGGCUCAGAGUCGGACUUGAUGGCGGAAGAGCCAUCUCACACGAACAUGACAUUCCCAACCGACAUUCAUGUGCUCAGUCCAUCUUUUUGUGCCACGACGAAGGAUGCUCUCCAAUGCAAGACAUUUGGUUCAGAUAUGGGACCCUAUAAUUGUAUGGAUCCGUCUACUUCAGCGUCAUCUGCUGAGAUGAGACGUGACUCUCAGCAAUCCUCCUCUUCGGGGGCCACAUUUUCUGACUCCACCCCAUACUCAUCUUCAAGCUCUCCCCCGGUUGAGGUUCGUUCUCAGCGACAAGAAAAGCAUGAUCUCCGUUGGCAAUCGGCAUAUCGUGACCAACCAACAACUCAAUGCAGUCCAAAGAAACUGCAAUCCGAUUUCAUCAAGCAAUACGACCCUCAAAAUCCAGUGCAAUCACUCGCUGGAAAAAGGCACCGCGACCAGGCCGAACUGGAUAAGAUGAGGAAAGACGUUCUCGCCGUGAAGUCGGCUGGUGGCGCGUGUCUAUGGUGCCUUCGCACAAAGAAAGGAUGUGGAGCGGAUAACCCCUGCGAAAGAUGCGCAACCCAUAAUCGACCGUGCUUUCGAGUAUCAGAGGCGUUCGUUCCGGUGACUGCUUUCUGGCACCCCGAUUUACCGUGCAAUCAUGCGAGAUUCACCCUGAACUACAUGAACCAAGAAGCCUUUGAACCCAACUCACUAUUCUACAUAAUAGGGAUUAAUCUUUCCGCGCGUGGAACCCAACCAUGUGUUGGCACUGUGGUCUCAGGUCAAACCACCUGGAAUGGUGAUGGCCCUUUCUUGAACUCGCCAUUCGGGGGUUUUCUCGAUGUCAUCGUUCAGUCUUUCACCCCCAGUCUCAUUCAGUUCGAAACUACGUUUGGGGCCCAUAGCCUCAUUGGUACAGCGAUCCACAUGUCCAAACUCUUCGUGGGAAUUCAAUGGCUCGCGCAGGCGAGGGUGCUUGCUGUGCAAAACGAUCUUGGAGUUGGAAGAUGUGUGGUGUUCCAUAGUCUGAUACAACAUUUGCGCGCUAUGUUCGAUAUGUCUGUCCCCUUCUGCCACGAACUAUUUGAGGCUCUACGCGGGCCAGUCUGCAAGGUUGCCACUGAUAUCGAUGCAUGCUGGGUUGCCCUUGCUCUGUAUUACAAAGUCGCAGAUGGAGUCAGGAAACUUCAGCGCAACCCCAUGGUUGCGAGAAUCAUCGGCCCACAAUAUCCGAUGGGUGGAAUUUGCGAAAUCCUUCAGGCCAUGUUGUACGCUUCUUGGCAGCCUCGAACCGGACUUGUGACCCGGAAAGCGAAGAAAGAGGUUUUCGACAAGGAGAUUCCAAAUCUCCAAGUUUCGGUGGAUAUCGACCUGGAGUUCUGGCGGGGUGUGAGGUACGAACAACUCGCCUCAGUGGCCCCUCUUGAGAUGGUGGAAUUCUUGCGGAUUGAUCCCCAUACACCUGAUGAGGAGCCGCAACCUUAUACCUGGGUCUGGCCCGAGCCUGGCGUGUCUGAUAUACAUGACAUGGCCAACGAUGGUCAGUUGAGUUCCUCCGAUCCAUUGUUGGUCUCGGGGCGUGAAAUUGAUGAAUCGUUGAAACAACUCGAAGAUUGGUUGUCCAAGAACGAUCGUGAGAACUGA